UCAGUUCGUCGGUUGCUUUGCUGCAGAAAAGUCAAUUUGUGGAAUUUCUUCUACCAUUCUUUCAAUUACUGCGAAUUAAAUUUUAUAUAUCGUAUUUUUUACUAGAACUGAAUAAAAAUUAAAAUGGCAAACGAUAACCUAACAGCAGUAUUGUACGGCAUCGAGGAUUUACGUUUGGAACAACGUCCCAUUCCUGUAAUUGCUGAUGAUGAGGUGCUCUUAAAAAUGGACUCCGUCGGCAUCUGUGGUUCUGAUGUGCACUAUUUGGUACAUGGACGCAUUGGCGAUUUUGUGCUCACAAAACCAAUGAUCAUCGGACACGAAGCAUCUGGCAUCGUAGCUAAAGUGGGCAAAAAAGUAAAACAUCUUGCGGUGGGUGAUCGCGUAGCCUGUGAGCCUGGCGUACCUUGCCGUUACUGCGACCAUUGCAAAGCCGGCCAAUAUAACCUCUGUCCCGAUAUGAUUUUCUGUGCGACGCCACCUUAUGAUGGUAACCUCACACGCUACUAUAAACAUGCUGCCGAUUUCUGCUACAAACUGCCCGACCAUGUAACCAUGGAGGAGGGUGCAUUGCUGGAACCACUCUCGGUUGGUGUACAUGCUUGUCGGCGUGCUGGUGUAGGACUUGGUUCGAAGGUGCUGGUAUUGGGCGCUGGCCCUAUUGGUUUGGUGACACUUUUAGCUGCGCAAGCUAUGGGUGCAGAACAAGUCUUGAUUACGGAUUUGGUGCAACAGCGCUUGGAUGUGGCCAAAGAAUUGGGUGCCACACAUACGCUGCUCAUGAAUAAAGAUGAAAGCGCGGAAGAGGUGGCGAAAAAAGUUCACCAAGUGAUGGGCGUUGAACCCGAUAAAUCAAUCGAUUGUUGCGGUGCCGAGUCAACCACACGUCUCAGCAUUUUUGCCACACGUUCAGGCGGUUGCGUUGUUAUUGUAGGCAUGGGUUCCCCUGAGCCUAAAAUACCCUUGAUCAAUGCCUUGGCACGAGAAGUAGAUAUACGUGGCGUCUUCCGCUAUUGCAAUGACUAUCCGGCUGCAUUGGCAUUAGUUGCGUCCGGUAAAGUGAAUGUAAAGCGCUUGAUUACUCACCACUUCGAUAUCACAGAGACGGCCAAAGCAUUUGAAACCUCACGCUAUGGACACGGUGGUGCCAUCAAAGUCAUGAUACACGUGCAACCCCGAGACACAAAUAAUAAAGUUUAAGGGAAUUUCAAUGGAAACUAAUAAUGGUUAGGAUAUAAUUUUUUUAGUAAAAGCGUUGUUCUCUUUUUAUAAAAAAGUAAAAAAAA